AGUGACUGAAAGAAGAAAAUUUAAUGUCAAUCAAAUAGCUAGUUCUCAAAAAAUCUUACGUUGUAUUUACAUUAUCAUUCAGAAACUUUAAUGUACAUAAGUGAUAGAAUUUUAUCUGGGAGCGAGAAAUGUGAGGUUGACCGGUGAGGCUCAUGGCUAUAAGCGGGUGCACGAACGGGCUGGUGGCGUCGGGGCUGCUGGCUCUGGUGCUGCUGCCCACGCAGUACUACUUCCCGAGCCUCCUUCCGCGCCCACGCGUGAAGCCGGAGCCGCGCCCGCUGCCCGCACCGCCGCCGGCGACCACCGCUCACACGUGGUUCUUCUUAGAGUUCCCAGCGCAUGAUUUGAUUUUCACGCUUGCCUUGAUUUUGCUAGCAAUUAUGACAUACCUUUGCGAAUGGAUACAAAGGAAAUUAAUGGAAAGGCGACUUCAAAAGCUGAACCAGUACCUGCGCGAGAGCGUGGAGCGGCUGCGCGGCUGGGACGCGCGCCAGGAGCGGCUGGAGAGCACGCUGCGCAUGGUGCAGAGCGCCACGUCGGAGUACGAGCUGCUGCUGUUCCUGCUGCUGCGCCGCGCGCGCGCGCCGCCGCCGGACAAGCGCGCGCACGACCGGCCUCUGCUGCCCGACCGCGGCGGCUUGUUGUGA